AGCCGCAUUCUCAGUUCCUCUAAAGUUUCACUGAAGUCACGGACAAAGAGAUAUCAACUGGGGUUUUCACUAUGCACAAGAAAAUGCACAGAAUCAGAUGCAUCAUUCUGCUGUUAUACACACUGGGUAUUCAUGCCCAACCACCCCUCACUGUGACCUACUCUCCUCAGAACAUCUGUGCUCUCACAGGCUCCUCAGUGCUCCUUACCUGCAGUUACACACUUCCACAAAACUACUAUUUUGGAGCAGGAUAUUGGUACAAAACUGAUGGUCAGAAACAUGUGACGCUUGUGAAAGCAUCUGAAACUCGUGUUAAAUAUGACUACAACUCCCCUGAAUGUAGUGUGAUGAUAAAUAAUCUGAUUCCUAGCGACUCUGGUGUAUAUGAGUACAGAAUUAUGGCACCAUCUUUCACAUACCUACAAGGCAAAUAUGGAGUUACUCUCUCUGUUACAGAUCUCCAUGUCUUAUUGACAGCUGGUACAGUUACUGAGGGAGGCAAUGUGACACUGACCUGUGACACCAACUGCAAACAAAAGGCCGACAUCACCUUCAUCUGGUACAAGAACACACAGCCUACCAGACACAGAGCCAUCAACAACACCCUCCACCUAAACCCGAUGCACCACGGAACAAUCGCUGUGCUUGUGGAUCACCAUGGUGAAAUAGUGUUGGGUGAGUCGGUGAAUCUGACCUGCCGGAGUGAUGCCAAUCCAAUCGG